CGGGUAGUUCUGUAGAUACAGCACAAAUGGUAAUCAUGGUGGGUAGAAGCUCAGGAGGCCUGACUCCAGUCCUGAAACUGAAGGUCGAUGAACUCUUCAUACAAUGGCUGAGUGAUCCUGAUACCCAGCAGGACCUGAGGGAGACCCUUCAACAUGUACAGUUGGGGGAGGGGGAUCUCCUCAUCACCAGCUCUCCUCAGAAAGCAGGAGUUUCCCCUCGAUCUCUCCGACCAGCAUCACCAUCCACACCACCCGCUUCCCCCACCCCGGGAAAGAUGGUCAGUCCACGUAGCCCACGCAGGAGAAGCUUCAAACGGCAGCUGCCAAAAACACCACCUGUCAAAGAGAAGCCCAAAGGCACGCCGGUGUCAUCUGUUGGUGCUCGCAUACCCCAGUUCUACUUCCCUCUUGGACGCCCCUCUCCAAACAACAACAUAGAGACCAUCUUACAGAGAAUCAAGCAGACAUUUGAAACAUUCAAAGAUGGGAAGGUGUUCAAGUCUCAGUUUGCUGCAAUAACAAAGGCUUGUGGGUGCCCCUUGUACUGGAAGGCACCACUGUUCCUUGCAGGUGGGGGUGACAGAGCUCCCUAUGUUACAGCCAGUAGCUUCAUCCCUGUAUGGAGGAACAUUCUCACGACAUGCCACGAUGAUGCAUCCAAGUUUAUACGCCUGCUUGCCAAACCACAGCCUGGUAACACAAAGGGGAACUACAUUGUUGCAGAAGAUGUCAUUCCCUUUGUACAAGACUUGAUUGACACACAUCCAGGAUUGCUGUUCCUGCAAGAAGCACAAGAGUUUCACUCCAGAUACCUCCAUACUGUCAUAGCAAGGAUCUUCUACAAUGUCAACCGGUCCUGGUCAGGAAAAAUCACAGUGCCAGAGCUAAGAAAGUCCAACUUAUUACAGGUUAUUGCCACAUUGGAAGAAGAAGAGGACAUCAACCAGAUCACAGACUACUUCUCGUAUGAACACUUCUAUGUCAUCUACUGUAAGUUCUGGGAGCUGGACACCGACCAUGACCUGUACAUCAGCAAGGACGACCUGUCACGACACAAUGAUGGUGCCCUGUCUCCCCGCAUUCUGGACCGCAUAUUCUCUGGUGCUGUCACAAUGGGGAACAGUAUCAUCCGAGACGAGCGCAUGGGGUACCCGGACUUUGUCUGGUUCCUGUUGUCAGAGGAAGACAAAAGGUACCCAACUGCCGUGGAGUACUGGUUCCGCUGCAUGGACUUGGAUGGUGACGGGAUCCUGUCCAUGUAUGAGCUGGAGUACUUCUACGAGGAACAGUACAACAAGAUGGAACAGCUGGGAAUCGAACCCAUGCCAUUUGAAGACUGUUUAUGCUCAGUACUGGACAUGGUGAAACCCAGACGUGAAGGCAAGAUAACACUUGCCGACCUCAAAGCCUGUAAGAUGACCCACAUCUUCUUUGACACCUUCUUUAACUUGGAUAAGUACUUGGAUCACGAGCAGAGGGACCCGUUUGCAGCAGCGAAGGAGGCUGAAGAGACGGCAGGCAUGUCAGACUGGGAGAAGUAUGCAGCUGAGGAGUAUGAAAUGCUUGUUGCUGAGGAGAAUGCCAGUGGAGGUCAGGGACAGGACCCGUAUGAUGACCAGAUCCCAGAGGAAGACAGUGGCUUUGACUUUGGGGUGGUUGAUGAUGAUGAUAGUUGGUCAUCUAAUUACUGAUGUGUCAAAAGUAAAGCAUUCUGACAUCACAAGUACAAAAUAUGCUUCAAUAUGAGUUUAAUUUUGCCAGAAAUACAAUUGUAUGAAUAUGAUAGUGAAAAGUUGGUUGUAAUGACUUAGCAUGUUCAAGUGAUGAAAUAAGAGACUGCCCAUGCAUUGUUUGAACUUGGUGCAAUUCUACCAGCAUAUCUUUGUAUCUCAAGUUGUGUACAUCUGAGACCAAUACAUGUACAUGUGAACUUUUUCAGAGUUGCAUAUACAUUGUCACUAUGCACAGGCUGCAACUGGUACUUCAUCUCUGUUUUAUAUUCAUUUGGAAAUGACACCCACCAAUGAUAUUUAAGUAAAGCAGUCAGAUUUCAGUCAGCAAUAUCAAUUACAUGUAUUGUCAUGGUCUUCAAAAGUCAACAUGACAAAUCUCAACCCUGUUAUGUUGAAAAUCAUAAGAAUUUUUGCCAUGGGUACAGAUAUGUGGCGAAAUGAACAGUCACACUCUAGGCUCUGUCAACCAUUGCAGCUGACUUGUACUGUCAGAUUAAUAUGUGUCAUCUGUUUUUACUGAAAGCUCUAUGUAAUUUGUGUUUGCUCCCUUUGUAGUAAAAUGUAUCUAAAAUCUGUGCUGGAAAAGUUCCGUGCUUU